UGCGGAGUAAAUUCAGUCAACAAGAUGAAGACGAUCUUAAGUGUUCUAUUUGUUAGCAUUGUUGCGGGAUCGUACGCCUUCAGUGGCGGUCGAACCGACUUCAAAACAUUUGAUGCCGCAACCGUUCAAAAGCAAAAGGCAAUCUUUGAAUUGCUUCAACAUCCAUACCAACCAGGCGUCUCGGUCUACAAACAAGAAUUUUACGACAUCGUACAAGCAUUCGACUUCGAAAAAAGCUACAAUCUCUUUAGCAAUGUUGAUGCCGUAAAGGAAUUUUACUAUCUCUACAAAAAAGGUUUGAUGCCGUUCAAUGAAUUGUUCUCAAUUUACAAUGAGCAACAUCGUCGCCAAGCCAUCGCUUUGUUCCAUGUAUUCUACUACGCCAAAGAUUGGGAUACAUUCUACAAGACUCUUCUCUGGGCAAGAUACAAUGUUAAUCCCGGACUCUUUGUCUACUCAUUGCACGUUGCCAUUGUUCACCGUACCGACUUUGCCAAAUUGCAACUUCCUGCCAUUUACGAAAUCUUCCCACACUAUUUCUUCAGCUUUGAUGUCAUUCAACGUGCUCAAUUGAUGAAACAACAAGGAUUCGCUGGCGUUAACAAAAUCGAUAACAAUGUUUAUAACUAUGUUAUUGCAGCCAAUUACAGCAACAGCUAUGUUCACUCAUACGAUAGUCAAGAAGUUUCAUACUUUACCGAAGAUAUCGGUUUGAAUGCCUACUACUACUAUUUCAACAUUGAUUUUCCAUUUUGGAUGGGUAGCUCCGAAUACAAUUUAUACAAAGAACGUCGUGGUGAAUAUAUAAUCUUCUUCUACCAACAAUUAUUGGCCCGUUACUACUUGGAACGUUUAUCCAACGAUUUGGGAACGAUUAACGAAUUUUCAUUUUACGACGAAGUCACCGGCUAUUAUCCAAAUCUUCGAACCUACUAUGGAUAUCCAUUCAAAUCACGUGAAGAUGGCUAUGUCGGUUACCGACAAGGAAACUUCUUCAAUAUCGAUUUCAUCAAUGCGUAUGAACAACAUUUGCUUGAAGCCAUCGAUUCGGGACGCUUCUUACUCAGCAAUGGUACAUACUACGAUUUCACUUAUCCAGGUGGUAUUGAGCAUUUGGGCAAUGCACUUCAAGGAAAUCCAGACAGUUUGAAUUACAAAUACUAUGGCUAUAUGUGCAUGGCAUACAAAACAUUCGGCAAUUACUUAGGUAUUGGACAGUACUUCCAAGGAACCGUUUAUCCAAGCGUUUUGGCACAACCAGAAACCACACUGCGCGAUCCAGCUUACUGGAUGUUUAUGAAGAAGGUCUUUAGCUUUUACGACAAAUACGUAACAAACGCUGGUCCAUAUGCUGUUAAAGAGAUCGCUUACGAUGGUGUUAAGAUUGAAUCGGUUAAUGUUGAUAAACUGACCACAUACUUCGAUAAAUUUGAUGCCGAUAUCUCAAAUGCUGUUGACGUUCAACCAUUAACUGAAGACAUUAAGUCAGAACUUAUAACCUUUGGUCGUGUUCACCAUUAUAACGGUGUAGAUUAUGUUAUCAAAGCUCGCCAAUCACGUUUGAAUCAUCUUCCAUUCCAAGUUAAGAUAAAUGUUGUUUCAACCGUUGCUACUCCAUCGGUUGUUCGCAUCUAUUUGGGACCAAAAUACGAUGAAUAUGGUCACAUGAUCAAUGUAAAUGAGAAUAGAUACAACUACUUCCUUUUGGAUAUGUUCAAAUAUGAUAUGACCACUGGUAAUAAUGUUAUCACACGCGAAUCUGUCAAUUUCUUCCAUCAAGUUAAAGAUCGUACCACAUACUAUGAACUUUACCAAUCAUUGAUGACCACUGUUGUUGGCCAAACUCAAUCGGAGAAUGUUGAAGCUCACAAUGGAUUCCCAAGUCGUUUGCUCUUACCAAAGGGAAAGAAGGGCGGCCAAGUCUAUCAAUUAUUCGUACACAUUUCACCAUACCAUGCACCACAAACUCCACCAACUAACGAUUAUGGAACAUUCGCAUAUGGAUUUAAUUAUGUUGACAAUUUACCGUUGUAUUACCCAUUGGACCGUCCCAUCGAUGAAUACUACUGGUACACACCAAAUAUGUAUUAUCAAGAUGUAACCAUCUACCAUAAGACCGAAAGUGAAGCCAACAGUCCAUAAACGUGGUGGAUUCCAUUUUAUCGAAACAAAACUCAACACUAUGACUUAUCCGGACUUGAUUCUUGAUUUUUGAAAAACUCCUUUCUUUAUUAUAAAUUAUUUUGUUAGAAUUGUUAUUUAGUUUUCAUUGAAUAAAU